AUAAUAGUGAGAAUCGAAUAAUAUUUGAAUAAACAUUUAGAGUCACUAAUCAUAAUACUAGGUAUACAAUUAUCAUUUUCUAUACCAAAAGGUGUGGUGUUUCCUGAAGCCCACUAAUCUGACUUACAACACAAUAAAGAUUCGAUGUUUGUCUAACAGCCCAUUACAUACCGGUAGUCAUAUUGCUAAGUUUGGAAUAUUAUUCAAACAUUAUAAAACAUCAAUUUCGAGAAAUAAGUGCAACAAAUAGCGAAAUGAGCAAUCCGACUGCACCACCAAGCUAUGGAGACGCUGUUGACGAUGCAAAAUAUGACCACUCUGCUACAGGUCAGCCAUAUCCUUCGGCAUUUUCUUCUUCAGCACCUCUGGCCUAUCCACAAUAUGGUGCUGCUCCAUCAGCUCCUUAUCCUAAUGCUACAGAGACGGGGUAUUCAAGUUAUCCAGCUGGGCCAAUGCCACAGCCACAGCCUUAUGUGUACACUCCCCAGCCACCGCCAUCAGGUGCGUCCUAUCAUGCUGGUGCAGCUGCAGUGUACUCUGCUUCGGAACAUCAUCCUGCUGAUAUGACACAUGCUGAAAUGGGAUUUUCUACCAGGCAAUCAUUUCAUGAUAAAAAUAUUCGAAGACAAUUCAUUCGGAGAGUGUUUAUCAUUCUUGGGUUGCAACUUCUUGUCACAUUUGGAAUUGUUUGCAUCUUUACUUUGAUUGAUGAUGUGAAGGUUUGGGUGGAGGCUAAUCCUGGCAUGUACUGGGCUUCUUAUGGAGUGUUUUUGGUGUUAUACAUCGUUUUGGUUUGUGUGGAGUCUGUUCGUCGAAAACAUCCUCACAACCUAAUUAUGCUUGGAUUAUUUACACUGGCGUUGUCUUACAUGACUGGAACCAUCGCAGCGUACCAUAGCACGCAAAGUGUAAUGAUUGCUCUCGGAGUAACAGUUGUGGUCUGUGUCACUGUUAUUCUAUUCUCGAUGCAAACCAAAUUUGACUUCACCAAAUGUUCGGGAGUUCUCUUUGUGUUAUGUAUGGUUCUCUUCUUGUUUGGAUUCAUCACCAUUUUCACCUACUGGCGUUCUUGGUAUCUGCAAGUUGUAUAUGGAUGUCUUGGAGCAUUGGUCUUCACCCUGUUUUUGGCAUUUGACACUCAGCUGGUGAUGGGAGGAAAAAAACAUGAACUUGAGCCAGAGGAAUACGUCUACGGAGCCCUCACACUUUAUAUCGAUGUAGUGUAUAUCUUCCUCUUCAUACUGUCAAUCUUUGGAGGGUCUUCCAAUUAGUCCAUAAGAAAUCAUAUUUUGAAUUAGAUGUGUUGGUAUUAUUUUGACUGUGAUGCAUAGGUCGAGAUGGCAAUGUUUUUUCAUUUAUAUUAUUGUGAAAUGUUAAUUGUACAUACACUGAGAGGCUUCUGGGAUAAUAGUGUGCUUGAGUUCAGGAAAUCAGAAGAGCUUGCUUGUCCUUUUUCUUCAAUUACAGUUUAUAUUUACUUAUCCUGAAAUACAAAGAGUCUCUUUUGUUUACACAAAUAUUAUAGUGAAGGGUUUCUUGACUUUGUAUUCACUAAAUGUUUGUGUUAUGUGUGAUUUCAUUUGUUUAAUCAUUGUUUGUAGUUACAAUUCCAUAAUGUAAAGGAAGGAGUUAAAAAUCUGUUUUGUUUAUACAAUAAAGUACUUACUGUAUAUACCGCAAA